CGACGAGGCUAUGAUUCGGAAAAGCUAUGCAUUCAUCUACCCCAAUCAGACAGAUUCUGUUCAGUGAAUAGGGGUAGUGAAGAAGCGUUUCGUUAGCCACUGCACGCGCCUCCUUUUGUUCAAUUGAUGUCCUCGAUCAUACAGAUGCUAGGGCGCCCUGGACGUUCUAUUCACCUUUUUCCGAGAUCUCACUGCCGCCUACUCGGCUCCAGGACGUGUCCAUCCAGACUGACACAGGACAACACCAACAUAAAAUGCACCGCCCCUCGGGCUUGGCACACUUAGUCGCGUCAAUGGUCAGAGUUUCGAAAACCGAUCAGAGUAGAUUCCAGAGAAGGCGCGCAUCACAUUCUUUUUAUCCUCCCCACCCCCAUCGCCCCUUUCACGCAUGCAGAAACUCGAACCGACAUGACCUCGCACUCGAAGCUUGAGAAACCCAACAGCGUGUCACCUCACGACUUUCGGCGUUCUAUUCGCAACACGAUUCAAAACCCCCACCGGCUCCUAUGGCUAGGCUGUGCUACUGUCUCAUUGUUGAGCGCAAGACACUUGUUGGUCGAACAAAAUGUGCACUCCCCGCUACAGUUAUACAUCUACCAACUCGCCGCAGCGGCCACUUUUAUAUUCUGUCUACAUCCAUGGCGGCGGAAAGUCCAGGAGACAAGUGAACAAGAACAAUGGAAGAAGGCAACAGUGCAAGGAACGUUAAUGGUCGCCGGUGCGCACUGCCUGUUAGCAAUAUCGAUGAGCUGCACAAUGCAAGCCAUCUUGCACUUCAGAAACUUUCCAGUGCUCAUUUUCAUGACUACAAUAGCCUACUUCGUCGAAGGUUUGAUACUUUUCGUUGCAGGACUCAGGCCUCAGUCACGAGCAGAAAUUUUGCGCCUUUGCCUACUCGUUCCAGCUUGUGCUGGCAUCUUGAUCACAGAAUAUCGACUGAGGGUACCGAGCCUGCUACCAUCUAUUCUAGCAAUGCUGUUCGCUGGGAUCGCAAGUGCUCUCAGAAAGCUUGCCAUCGAGUACUAUCCAGGCGACAUGGCCGAUCGCAACGUGGAGAAUAGAUGGCUUGUCGGUAUGGGAGCUCUGGUUGCGGUAGCUUGGGUCGUCUUGCAUUGGCCUAGACAACAUAUAUUCAUGUUCGACAUGGAAAGCGUACCGAUGCUCGCCAUCAAUGCCUGCUUCAGUGCGGCCGCACUGUUGAUGGGAGGCUCAGUCCUCUUUCCAAUGGACACCCAUUCCGAUAGCCAACCACCCGAAACUGUUGAUAUGCAAUCGCACCGCAUCAUACACGACACUCUAACACUGUUGACCCUUAUUGGGAUUGUAGGAUGCUACUCCACUCUUUCGUUGCGCCGCUCUUACAUAAGCUGGUAUCAACUAGGGUGCUUCAUCCUCGCAAUGCUGUGUAUCAGCAGCAAAGCCGUCUAUACCGUCGCCUGGAGAUUGUGGGAAUGUCAAAGGGAUAACCACGGGAGUUACGAACUCGUCACAGACACGUCUAUACUACCGCCAAGCAACAACGAAACGACAACUUUCAUUGAAGAGUCGAACAAAGCCCGGUUAGAAACAAUACAGAUAGAGACUCGAAGCACUGGCUGGCACUCAUUCUUGGUCAGUAUCGCGAUGGUGAUGAUAUGGACGUCGUAUCUGUUGUUAAACUUCACAGAACGGGAAGGCCCUCGUGUCCAUACCGCUCUUAACCGGGAAUACACUCCGAAUUUGGCUGUAGAGGUUGUACUCAGCAUGUACAAAGAGCCGGUAGAUGAGGUUGCUCAGCUCAUUUCGAAUCUGAAAGUCAUGCCAUCACUCUCGGAAGCUCUCUUUACAAUCUACAUCAAGGAUUCGGAAACCGAUACGGAGAUGAUCAAGAAUGAAACGGGUGCGAAUAGUGUCACCUUACUCCCCAACAUUGGAAGAGAAGGCGAGACGUACCUGAACCACAUUGUCAAUCGCUGGGACACUCUUGCGAAACAGACAAUCUUCCUUCAAGCAAACAUCCACGAUCAGCGAGAGUUCUACUCGCAUCUCAACAACUACUUCAAACCAGGUCGAACGGGCUUCCUCAGCCUUGGCUGGUCUGGGAGCGUAUGCAACUGCGAUUCCUGUGGAGAUGAGUUCUUCUGGCGCGACGAAACCCACCUGUUCCCCACUAUUCAGUCCCGGAUCAACAAUGCAACCGCCUGUCGCAAUGUCCUACUCAGCUACAAAGGCCAGUUCGUAGUCUCAGCGGCACGCAUUCGAGGCAUCGAUAAAGCCAUCUACCAUGAUCUCCAGCAAGCUUUCAUUGAUGAAAAGAGCUGGGCACACCAAGAAGAUUACCUACGCGGGCGAAGUGACUCCAUGAGCCAACCUUGGUUCGGAUAUACAAUGGAGAGGAUGUGGAAUCUGCUCUUUCAAUGUAAUGAUAUGGACGUUGCGUGGAAAUGUCCGACCUUGUUGAGUAGAUGGAGGAUUGGAGGCGAUGUCGAGGAUUGCCAGUGUUUCGACUGAAGAUUUCUAAACCCUUGUAAGAACUGUCAAAGAGGAAUAGUCCAUUAAUUGUUGUGAUACCCACGGACCUUCGAGUGGCGAAGCGUACGCAGAUUUCAGGAGCUCUUUAGACCAAUAUAAGCCU